AGUUAAGGCGGGGAGGGGGUGGGGUGGAGGGAAAAGCAAGCCAGGAGGUGCUGCGGCCGCUUCUAGUAGUUUCCAGGCGCUGCCGGGCGGCUGGGACCGAGCGGUCCUGAGGCUGUGGCUGUGGCUGCGGCUUCUCGGGAGCUGGUGCAGGAGCGAUAGGAGAGCCGAUGGCCAAGUGGGGUGAGGGCGACCCACGCUGGAUCGUGGAGGAGCGGGCGGACGCCACCAACGUCAACAACUGGCACUGGACGGAGAGGGAUGCUUCAAAUUGGUCCACCGAUAAGCUGAAAACACUGUUCCUGGCAGUGCGGGUGCAAAAUGAGGAAGGCAAGUGUGAGGUGACAGAAGUGAGUAAGCUUGACGGAGAAGCAUCCAUUAACAAUCGCAAAGGCAAACUUAUCUUCUUUUAUGAAUGGAGCAUCAAACUGAACUGGACAGGUACCUCUAAGUCAGGAGUACAGUACAAGGGCCAUGUGGAGAUCCCCAAUUUGUCAGACGAAAACAGCGUGGAUGAAGUAGAGAUUAGUGUGAGCCUUGCCAAAGAUGAGCCUGACACAAAUCUCGUGGCCUUAAUGAAGGAAGAAGGGGUGAAACUUCUAAGAGAAGCAAUGGGAAUUUACAUCAGCACCCUCAAAACAGAGUUCACCCAGGGCAUGAUCUUGCCUACAGUGAAUGGAGAAUCAGUGGACCCUGCAGGGCAGCCGGCACUGAAAGCUGAGGAGCGCAAGACUAAGCCGCCUCCUUCAAAAACCCAGGCCAAGCCUGUUGGUGUCAAAAUCCCCACGUGUAAGAUCACCCUUAGAGAAACCUUCCUCACAUCAGCAGAGGAGCUCUACAGAGUGUUUACCACCCAAGAGCUGGUGCAGGCCUUUACCCAUGCUCCGGCAGUGUUGGAGGCAGACAAAGGUGGGAAGUUUCACAUGGUAGAUGGCAACGUCUCAGGGGAAUUUACUGAUCUGGUCCCUGAGAAACAUAUUGCGAUGAAGUGGAGGUUUAAGUCUUGGCCGGAGGGGCACUUUGCCACCAUCACCUUGACUUUCAUCGACAAGAAUGGAGAGACAGAGCUGUGCAUGGAAGGCCGAGGCAUCCCUGCUCCCGAGGAAGAGCG